CACCUCCCGCCAGGCUUCCGCCCGCGCCUUCCGCCACUUCCGCCUCCGUUGCUUCCGUUGCCCGCACAAGAUGGCGGCGCCCUUGCGGCCGGCGCUGGCCGCGGCGCUGGGCCGGGCCCGGGUCUCAGCUCCGGUCACGGCCCCGGCGCGGCUCUACCGGGCAGCCCCGCUGCGGCGGCGAGCGGGCCCGGCCCCGGCGGACCCCGAGGACCUUCGGGCGGCGGCGCGGCGCUUCGGGCGGCUCGGGGACGCGUCGGGCGUGCCGGUCUGGCAGCUGUGGCCGGGGCCCGAUCGGCUGCGGCAGCUGGAGGAGGAGGAGCGGGAGUGGGACCCGCCGCUGCGGGAGGUGGAGGCGGAGCUGGACCGGCGGGAGCGGGAGGAGGCCCGGCGGCGGGAGGAGAGGCAGCAGCGGGUGGCCCGCAGCCUGGCGGCCAUGCCGGCGCGGAUCCAGGCCUGGCGGCAGGAGCGGGAGCGGGCGCGGGAGAAGGCGCGGCAGGACGCGGCGCGGCGGCAGCGGCUGCUGGCUGAGGCGGGGCUGGGGGGGCCCCCCCGCCCCGGACCCCCCCCCCGCGGCGGCCCCCGGGCCCAGGAGCUGCUGCAGGACUUGGAGAAGCAGCAGCGGCGGGAGGAGAAGAAGCGGCGGCGGCAGGAGCGGGACGAGGCCCUUCGAAGCGCUUUGGCCGCUGCCGAAGCUGCUGCUGCCGCCCGGGCCCCCCCAGGGGCCCCCCCGGAGGUCCCCCCCGAGAGCCCCUCCUCCUGAGCCCCCUCCCCCAAUCUCAAAACACACCCACACCACCCCGCAAUGGGUUUAAAAUUCUGCAUUUAAUCUUU